AUGACGAGACACGAGGAAGGCUAUGAGUUUACUACCUUCAGGGGAACAGACGCCGGAGUGGUAGCGUCUCAGACGAAACGGCCCCCCUUGACCAGAAACCAGGUGCUGGUCUCUAUAACUCACUCAGGUGUGUGCGGAACAGACCAGCAUUAUCGAAAGGCCGGCUGCGUACUUGGCCAUGAAGGUAUCGGCAUUGUGCAGUGUCUGGGACCGGAUGUCAGAGCUCUGAGGAUUGGACAGCGAGUUGGCUGGGGCUAUGUCCAUGGUAGCUACGAUCAGUUCUGCUCUUCCCGCAAAGUGUACGGCGUGACGAAUCUCGAUCAAGGGUCUAUGGCAUAUGCGGCCAUAUGGCCCGAAUCCUCCCUUUAUGCAAUACCCGAGAAGCUCUCCUCGCUCGACGCUGCGCCUAUGAUGUGCGCCGGAGCAAGUGUCUUUGGCAUCUACGAACAGUGUGGGAUAAGACCCAAUGAUCGAGUUGGCAUCAUCGGGCUGGGGGGUCUUGGCCACAUGGCAGUUAUAUUCGGGGCCAAGCUGGGCGUAGAAACCGUCGUCUUUACACAUAGUGUGGCAAAGCAGGUUGACGCUAUUGUCAUGGGUGCUACAGAAUUCAUCCCCCUUGAAGACCUACCGCAAAUAAUAUCUGCCCGGCGGAAGCGGCGGAACAGUGACAGCGGCAUCGAUGACCAGGAAAGGCGUAGUAGCAUGGACGACGAUACUAGCGAAGACGAAACUAGGGGCAUUCGGCCACUAGACCAUUUAAUAGUCACAACAACAGAGGACGUCGUUUGGUCUACCUUCUUUGAGCUCAUGGCUCCACGUGGUACAGUGCAUCUGCUAGCCGUGAGCUUGAAGGAUGAUCUCACUGUCCCUUCAGCAGCCUUGAUCGACUCCGGGUUACGGGUAUUAGGCAGCCUUGUUGCCCCAAGAAGCGUCAUGAUUCGAAUGCUGGACUUUGCCGCCAGGAACCGAGUGAAGCCAAUUGUGCAAAAAUUUCCCCUCACCGCAGAUGGAGUCAACACCGCAAUGAAGAAACUGGAUGAGGGGAGCAUUCGAUACCGCGGGGUGCUGGAAACUCCGAGAGACUGUUUAUACAAGGUUUCAUCGUAA